ACUUGCAACUACAAACACGGAAAGACUGGUAGAUACUCUCGGCAUGAUGUCCAUGUCACAUCGGAGUGAGCUGCUGGAAUCUGUUCAGGACCCCGAGCAGAUCACGAAGCUUUUGUGUUCCAAGUUUUCUCAGCUUAUUGACAGGGUCGCACAGGCCGAGGAAGCGACUGAUGUGGCUUCAAAGCGCUCUGAGCAGCUGAGGCAGAAGGUGCAAGACUCAGCAGAUCGCCGACAGGCGACCACGACACAGAUGCAAAGCUCCUUGCGAACGCAAUUGUCAGAGGCCGAAGCCGCGCAACACCGGCUCAAAGAAGCCAGGGCGAGUGCGGAGUUUGCCACCGGAGAGGUUUUGCGAGCCAAAGAGGCAGCCCACUCCCUCAACGAGGAUUGUGAACGGUUGAGCUCGCAAUGCCGCGAGGAACAAAGAAGCCUCGAGGAGACCUCUGCGCGGUGGCAGCAAGAAGAGCAGAGCGGUGCCACGUGUGAGCGAGAACGCCAGCGGCUCCGAGCAGAAGUGGAGGCGGUAUCACAACGCCUAACCGUGCAGGAAGAAGAGUUGGCGGCAGAUUACCAGCGUGAUCGCCAGCGCCGCGGGGACCUGCGUCAGUUGGAGAUGCGUGUCCAAGAUGCAGGCCGCCAGCGGAUUGCAGCAGAAAAGCGCUUACAAAGUGUUCAGGAGGAGCUGGGUAAUACCCAAAAACAGGUUGCUCAACACAAAGAGCGCUUGGAUGUGGCUCAGCAACAGUUGCAGAUUGGCCAUGAGGAGCUCCUCCAAGAGGCCCACCGCCUUGAAGAAGCCCAGCGGCAAAAGCGCGAGGUGCAGCAGGAGGACGUGCUGGCAAAAGAGGCCCUGGAACGGCUGCGGCAAAUGAAGGUACGCUCAGAGGCACAAUGGCAGGAGAAGGUAGAAGCUGAAAGCCAGCUUCAGGCUGCGCAGCUGAAGAAGCGUUGUGCUCAAGAGCUGACGGAGACCCUGGAUAUCAGGCAGAAAGAGGCCCUUGCAAGGCUUUCCAGCUUGGUAGACUGCACUGCUGCGAAGGACCUUGAACGUUGGCAGCAGCGCCUCAAGGUUUUGGGAGAGUCGGUCCGACAAUUGAGGUGCACUUUGCAACAGCUGGAGGUAAGCACAAAGGGUGCAAACACGGUCGGCGUCUCGCUGCAGGAGGAAUUGCAGCGAGUGUUCCUGGCCACUGAGAAGCUCCGCCGAGAGAGAGAAGAGGCUGCCCAGAGCCCUGCACUGGUCAGGCUGCGGCAAGCGGAGCCCGCCCUGGAAGCGGCCAGGCGACGAGCGCGUGAGCUGGAAAUGAAGUUGGAGGAUGUGCAGGGUGAGGUGGCCUGUGCAAAGCAACACAAGGAGUGCUUCCUUCGCGAGGUGCGCCAGAGCCGCGAGAAGAUGCGUGGCCUGCGGAAGCGGCGCACAGCGCUCUCAGAGAAGGCGCAAAGCUUGGAGAAGCGUCUUUUGCGCAGUCCCAUGAUGCCAGGUCUCAGGGAUGCCUUUCGACAAAGGGCGCAGGCACCAGCACCUCCAGAAAAAGCUGCUCCUGCAUUGGAGCCUGAAGGUGCUCGCACAAAGCCUCCAGUGCAGGCUCCCGCCCCGGAGGCCCAAAGCUUGGAGUAUGUCAGGCAGUUUGUCGAGCUGGAAGAGGCACGUUUGGACACGCGGAAGAUGCCAGAAGUCUGAGCGUGGGCAGUCAAAGCAUCGGUCAGGGCACAGAUUGAACAGACGCUGACUGCAGCUAACAUCUGACGAUAGAAGGAAGAUGUGCUUUGCGAUUGCAGCUGAAAACCACCUCUGCUUUCUCUACUUGC